UGGUCUGAUAUUAAUUACGAUAGCUGCGGCCCACAUAGAACAAAAAGAUACUGAUGUGAAAACUUCUUCAGACGACAUGGAACGUGAGCACAUCGUUCGCAGGAGCAAUGACGAUAAUGAGUGGCAAUACGAAGGAAUGACUAUCGAAUUGCCUCCAAGAAGGACGUAUAAUGUUCAGAAAAAAACUACUAAAAAACCGUCACCAAAUCCAGCACUUGAUCGACGAUACCGACGCAUUUACAACGCAGAUGAAAUCACAUACGUAGAAGAUUACCCAUUCCUGGCUGCGUUGCUGGUGAACAAGCAACUGUGGUGUGGAGCUGCUAUUAUCGAAUCUGACAGGAUAUUAACAGCAGCGCACUGUUUACAAUUACAAUACAACAACCGUUUCUUCCGUGAAUAUGUGAAAAUGCUCACAGUUCGAGUGGGCUCGACUAACGCAACAUCCGGUGGUGAAAUAUACAGAGUAAUAGAAAUAUUCUUCCAUCCAAACUACAAGCCUAACACUUUAGAAUUCAAUUUCGCUGUCUUGAAACUGCAUAAGAAUAUUUCUUUUGAUGGACAAGAUAAGAAAGUUGCGAAGAUCGACUAUUCAACUGAUAGAAUUAUACCCACUGAUAACAAUAUUACCUUUUUGGGAUGGGGUUCAGUGUUGAGCGCAGGUGGCUUAGGUGGUCAAGUGCUCCUUCAAAAACUGGUGCUGCCUGUUUACGACCUGGCCGACUGUCAAGAAGUAUACGGACGAGAUCUUGUUACGCGCAGUAAUUUCUGCGCAGGAUACAUAACUUUAGCGAAAAACGUUUGCAAUCACGACGCCGGUGGACCAGCGAUAAUGGAUGGAUUACUCGUCGGGAUUCUCUCAUUCUCAUCUAGGCGUUGUGAUCAGCCAGACCAACCUGCAGUAUUCUCUACCGUUGGCCAAAUUGCAGACUGGCUUGAGACUCUCUCCGAAAAGAAGAUAACUCUCAUAAAUACAGCAAUAAAGAACCCUGAUUGGAAUGACAGAAAGGAAUAAAACAAAAAUUUUACAUCACGAAUAUAUUUUCUAAUACUGUACAGACGUCGAGACUACAAUAACAAGAUAAAUUAAAAACAAUAUUAUUUUUAAAACUCCAUAUAUUUCUAUUCAACAUACAACAUUGAAUAACAUACAAUUUUUAAAUAUAAUUAUUUUUUUUCGUGUUCUCAAGCGGAUCCUUCGACAUUAAUGGAAUGAUAUCGAGCUGAUUGUAAUUGAAGGGUUAAAUAUAUUCAAUGAUUAAUUAUUAUUAUUGGCAAUACAAGCUAUUUCAUGUAUUUACAGCAAAUGGCAACCAUCUUGUUUUCCCGCGUUUAGUUUACCGCGCAUAGUUGUCAUUUAAGACAUUUGCACGCGUCCCUAGUGGCUACAGAUUAUAAACAGAAUAAUAAUAACAAUUAGAACUAUAAUCGGUUGUUCGCAGA